CCGCUAGCGCUCGCGCUUAAAACCGAAAAUAAACAACGUCCUCGGGCUGCGGCCUCGUGUCUGCCGGACCUGGCCCGGCCACACUUACCGGUCCGCAGCGACGCGCAGGCCCUGGCCCCCUGUACACUCAGCCGCUCUCCUCUGCGCGCUGUUCCCACCGGAGGAGCGCAGCGAACCGCUAGCGUUCAAAACGCCCGCGCGCGUCCUGAUUGGCGGGCCGGCCCAAGGCAGGCCUCGCGGAUCUUCUUUUUUCCUUCUUUUUAGAGCUGGAUUCGGAGCCGGAGAACCCUCACCGAGGGGCGUCAGGCGUAGACUGAGAGAACGGGGUCCCAAAAGUUAAGCAGAGCGAAAACAGAACGGCACACGAGACGUAGCCGGCCGGCCGCGAUAGGACGCGGCUACAGCUAGGGGGCGGGUGGUGCGCACGCGUCCCGCGGCGCUAGCUGUCACCGCGAUGGGUGGCGAGCGAAGCGAGCGGGAUCCGGAGCGUGCCCUGCGCGGGAGGCAGCGGGACCCCGGAUGCGACAGGCCCCGCGCGCGCCUCCCCCUGGGCGCCUCCGGGAAGCUUUCCCGCGCGACUGGGGACCGCGCGCAUGGGACACGGGGGCGCGCCUGAGGGCGGAGAUGGGCGUGGAGCGGAGAUGGGCCGGGGGCGGCGCGUGGGUCGCGAGGUGCCUCCUAGCCGAAGGGGCUGGGGGCGGCGCUUCUCACCUCGCUUGUCACAGUAAUGCCACUGCUGGGAGAGUUCGGCCGCAGGAGCAUGGGUCGCAGGUUCGUGGUCACUGUGAGGAUUCGGCGCACAGGGCGCUCACCCCAAGUGAGGGUUUUCUUGGUGCAGUUCCUGGGAUCCUCGCGACCCAGGUCAGCGAACGGCACACGAGGUUUCGUGGCCUUGGUGUUGAGGCCAGAGAGGAUCGCGCGGAGAGGGCCGCAGCCACAUCCUGGACCAGGUAGGAAAGGCCCUGCAACGCUGCACGCACAGGUGCUGUGGUUCCGCGUGCUUCUAUGCAUCUGCUCCACGAGGUAGAAGGAGGAUGUGUCCGGGUGGGGACUUUAGGUGGGGGAGGGGAGAGGUCGCUGUUCCACUUCGGCUUAGUUUCUUGGAGAUGGUGUUCUCUCUCUCACUCGGUGAGUCUGAAGGGGUCGGCUUCACGCUCCUCCUCAAUCCUACAAAAAGCCUAAGACUAUUUCCAAACCUACUUGCUUGUCUUAGAAAUGAGUGACUCCUACAUAUCCUCGUUAUAAGUUAGGAAACUGCAGGCGUAUUUGUGUGCACACACGCACACACACACACACACACACACACACACACACACACACACACUACCCUUUAGGUAAAGAGGUUUGUUUUCUAAAGCUCUUUAUUUCGCCCUGGGGUGCAGGAGGGGGAAAUACCUGUCUUGUUUUCUAAGGGUUUACUUAUUUCGCCCCCAUCCACCAGGGGUAGCAGAGGUGGGGGGGGAGGGAUGGAGGUAGGGGGAGAGAGAGAGAGAGAGAG